AUGAGCAAGCCUGGAUUGGCCUUCGGGCUCAACCUCACCAAGAAGCCAGGCGCGUCCAAACCAGCCCCGCCAAAGCGACGGCCCAUGUUUGGCGACGACGAAGACUCGGACAACGACGGCGCGAACAAAGAUGGCAGGACAGAAGAGAUUGGAGAGUUUGAUGAUUUUGGCGGCAUCUCUACAUCAAAAUCAACCAAGUCAAAAUCGGCCAGAUCCAAGAAUGGACCCCCUACACAACCCCCAAAGCUCAAAUCCAAGGGCCAGCCAAACAUGAUGUUUGGCGACCUCUCCAGCGCCCUCACAUCGCGAAAGAAUGCCGAGGCUGCCGCCGAAGUCGAUGCCAGCGUCUACGAGUACGAUUCCGUCUACGACUCGCUCAAGCCCAAGAAGCAGACCACCGAGGAGGACGAGCAGAGGAAGCCCAAGUACAUGCGCAACCUGAUGCAGGCGGCCGAGGUACGGAAGCGCGACGCCCUCAUUGCCGAGGAGAAGAAGAUUGCACGCGAGCGAGAGGCUGAAGGCGAUGAGUACGCUGGCAAGGAAAAGUUUGUCACCGAGGCAUACAAGAAACAGCAAGAGGAGAAUAAACGGUUGGAGGAGGAGGAGCGGAGGAAAGAAGAGGAAGAGGCGAAGAAGAACAAGGGAGGCGGCAUGUCUGCCUUUUACAGGAAGAUGCUGGAUAAGGAUGAGCAGAGACAUUCGGAUGCUGUCAAGGCUGCUGAAGAAAAGGCCAAGAGUGGCGCACCUGAAGAGGAAGAGAAGGAAGAUCAAGCCGAAAAGGAAAAGACGGAUGCCGAUAUCGCCAAGGAACUGAAUGAGAAGGGCGCCGAAGUGGCCAUCAACGAGGAGGGACAAGUCGUUGACAAGCGCCAGCUCCUUAGGGGCGGCCUGAACCUGGGCGCAAAGAAGAAGGAGCCAACUCAACGAGAAGCCGAUCGACAGGCAGAACGGCCACAGAGAGUAAUCACCGGUCAGCAAAUCGGGAGGAGGCAAGCCCAGCGAGAACGACAGUCGCGCAUGAUGGCGGAGCAGCUUGAACAGUCCAUGAAACGAUCACGGGAAGAAGAAGCCAGCCAGCGGGAAGAGGUCGAGCGAGCGGCCAAGAGUCGCAAGACGGAAGGCGAGAUCUCGAGCGCCAAGGAGCGAUACCUCGCGCGAAAACGGGCAGCCGAAGAAGAGAAGAAG